AUGGAUCCUGCUGCUGCUGCUUCGUCGGCGUCGUACGCGGACAACGACCGGGGGCGCCAUUCGGAGCUCGACGGCAAGGCAGCAGCGGCAGCUCAGUCGAGCCCGGGCAGCAGCAGCACACCGAGGAUCACUACAGCCAUCCUCCCUCGCCCACCAACGCAACCGCAACCGAUCCGGGACAAUCCAUACAGUCAACCUAGAGCCAGUCCACUGAUGGGAUCACAGCCGUUCGCCUCCUUCCGCACGCUCGUGAACAAGGACGGCUCAUUACCUCGGAACGACUGGGCAUCAAUGAACCCGGGCAACCCCGCCGCCUCCCUGGCUUCGAUACCGGCCCGGCUGCUCCAGGUCGAAGGAUUGCACGAGGGCAAACUCGCGUUCGAGGGCGUCUUUCUCAAUGCCAUGUGCUCCCUCAAGCGAUUGACCUUGCGCAACAUUAGUGGGGGCGCGCUCAUCGUUCGUCUCGGCUCAACCGUCGGCGAUCAGCUACGGUGGCAAUUGCGCAACGACAAUCUCGAAUCUUUGCGUGCGUGACCCAGAGCGAUCCAGAAAAAAAUGUGACUGCAACUCCGAGCUGACACACAAGUUCCCUCUUUGCAGCCGUGGAGCAGCAACGUUUGCCGACCAACACCGUCGCGGCUUUGUCGUGCUCGAACGAGAUUCCCGAGUUCAACGCCAUGUUCGACGCCGUAGGACUCAUCUCGGAAAUUACGUUGCUGCCUAACGAGGCCAAGAACAUCAUCGCCGUCUUCCGGCCCGACUCGACUCAUCUCCAGCCUUCGGUUGUCAACUUUGAGCCGCCGCCCCAAUCCAAGCUGACCAACGACUCGUACUCGGAGCAAGGGCUUUCGUCUAUCUCGAUCGCCGAGUCCAGUGUAUCUUCGACAAGCGCACUUGUCGACCACCCCACCGCGUCGACCUUCAAGCUCGCUGUCAUUGACGGCUACGUCAACUUUGACGCGUCCUUGCUGCCCGAGGAGCAAAACGAUGUCAGAGCCGACUCGUCGAAUGCGGCCGCCGUCUCGGCUGUCGCGGUGCAGCAAGUCUCGAUCAAGUUCCAUGCGACCUGUUGCCGCUCGCGCUUUCGCGUCGCCGCAAAAGACGUCGGUGGUGGCUCUCAUCUUUCUGACGAUGAGGUGUACGUCGACUUUGGCGCCUGUCGGGUCGGUGAGCUGCAGACGCGCGAAUGCGAAUUGUCGAAUCGCUCGGCCGUCGAGCUAUUUUGGCGCAUUGAGAACAGUACGCAGAACUUCCAAGUCGAAGACAUCGAGAUGGGCCAAUGGAUCGGACAGGAUGUCAUCGCCAAGGUCCCACCAUUUUCUAACAAGCGUCUGCGCAUCCACUUCCGACCCAACGAACCGCACGAGAUCGACGCCGAAAUGACGUUCGAGAACGUUGCCGACCCUGACAACACGGUGGUGUGCCAUUUCCAUGGCGCCGUCACCUCUGCACCGCUCGACAAUUCUUUGCGACUCGUUUCAGGGACGUCUCUGGACUUUGGGGAUUCGUGCGCCGGGACGUGGUCUCAGCAGACGUUCGCGUUUACCAACACGUCUGAUGCACCCCUCGAGGUCACCUUCAGCGUCGACAAAGGGUAUGAAGUCACCUUCCGACUCGAAGGCGUCGCUGCGUGUGAAGAUACGAGCACGCCCUUGCUCCUGGACCAUUCCGCAAUCGGUGCCAAUGCCGUUGAACCCGUCUCGGCCGCCAACUCUACCGAGCUCGCCUCUUCCGACCAUGCGGGUCCUGCCCUGUCGCGUACAAUCAUCCACGAGUUGGCGCGAAGCACGACGUCUUCCGCCUCGUUGUCCAAGUCCCCGCCUCCGGUCGCCACGGCGAAGCAUUCAUCCCUUAACGCCAUGUUCGGGAAUCGGUCAACGCGAUCGAAUUGGUCGGAUCACACUUUUGCCUCUUCGGGACCAUCGUCGGACGUGUUCGCCGAUUCCCAAGUUUCUAGCUCGGAAGGGUCGGUCGCUCGUGCAUUUUCGCCACAACCCUUGCGAGAGUUCCACUCCCCGCUGGGGCUCAACACGAGCUUGUUCUCGGACAUGGCGUCGGGGAGCUUGGACAGUGCCCUGCCACCUCACAGCAACCUCGACUCGGCCAUCGAGGAUCCACCCAGACCCACGACCGUUCGAGCCGAUCUAGCCGAAAGAGGCGUUUUCCGCGUGCAAGACCGCCUCAAGGUGCUCGAGCAAAGGCUCAAAGCCAGCGUCGACCAAAUGCACGCCAAACCGGGUGUCGUCCAUCGCAUUGUCGUCUCGUUCCGGCCCACACGCGCGACGUCAUUCGACGAUGACGGAGGUCGCUUGCACAAAACUACGUUUCGAGUCCAUGUCGGGUGGAGACCCUGGGGUGCUCGUGGCGCCGCAGCUUCAGUGCCGAAGGAGAGGGUUUCGAUCAAUUGCAAGGCCAGGGUGUGCUCGUCGUUCAUUGCGAUCCGACCGGCGACGAUCGACCUUGGUGAUGUCGAAUUGGGCUCGAGCGCUCAAGGGACGUUGACGAUCACGAAUCUGUCCGAGAUCCCAGCAAGGGUUGAUUUGCGAUUCAUCUCAAAGGUAUGUGUGCGAGAUCUCUACUGGCUCUUGUGCACGCGCUGAUGGCUUCUCCUCCUUGCUGCCUCGUGUUCAGGUCUUGAGUGCCUAUCGUGACGAAAUCGAGAUCGGUGUCGGCAAAUCGGUUGACCUCAAACUCGACAUGGUCCCACGGCGCACGAAUGCGUCGUACCAAAAGCAGGUAUCGGUUCACAACCUGCUCAACCCCGAAAAUUCCCAGGUCUGCCUUGUCAAAGCUUCAAACGUCGAUACCCGGGGUGUCGCAUUCCACUCGUUGUUCUACCAUUUGCUCACUUCCACGGGCGGGAACUUUAUCGAGUUUGGGAACGCGCCUAUCAAUUCGUCCUCUUUGCGAGCAUUCACGAUUCAGAACACUUCGGACUCGACUUUGGCGCUUGGACUUGCGGCUUCGUAUCCUGACGAUUACUCUUUGUACGUUCGGCGAGGGGAGGCGAUGCCGAAGGAGCCCACCUCAGAGUCAUCGCUUGCUUCCGUUCCGUCGUCGCCGACCAAUUCUGCUCAAAAUCCGACGAUCCUGAAGGGGUCCCCUGAUUGCGAAGCAACUUCCAAAGUGCCGUCAAUGACGACCAUCGGCCCGCGUGCACCUUCGUCCAACUCAUCAAGCGGUGCCUCCAAGAAAGCCGAGAUCGACUCGCACAUCGUCCAGCUCAAAGAAGGCGACAAGGGCAAAGCGACACAACAGUAUGGGCAAAGUGUCGGCUUCAAGGAUCGCUCUCUUCUCGCCGAUGCGGAGUACCUCGAUCUUGCGGCUGGACCCCCUUCGAUCCGGAAGGGGUCACCGAGGACGAAGCGCAAAGUGCAUGAAGGGCCCAAGGAUCGCUCGCAGUCCAAAAGCCGAUUGACGAGGCUCGUCUUCCCACCUCGCGCCGUGGCGACGAGUAAAACCCCUCCGUCGGUCGCCGAGGAAGGAUCGAUGACGGGUGGCUUAUCGUUGGUGAACUCGCCAAAAUUAGCCGCCUUUGAAGCUUUCGAAGCGACCACCCCGGGUAGGAGGAAAAGCGGUCCGAGAUCGGAUGCUUCGACCGCAUUGGGAUCGACGAACUCGCCCGCAUUGACGGGGAGAAGAAGGACGCGCAAGAUCGUGCCCCUCUUGACCGACCCGAACCAGUUGUCUCUCGACGAAGCCUUGAGUGCAUUGGAACAUCAUUCGGGCCAUCCUGACUCGGCCGAGUUGAGCACAUGGGAGUUGGAGGACGCCUAUGUUAGACGGUAUGUCGCACUCAAGAAGGUGUUAAAGAAUGCGAUCGCCUCGGGCGACUUGAUCAAGGUCUCGGCGUUGGAAGUGGCUAAAGGGAGCGAAAAGACCGUUUAUGUAAGUCUGGGUCGAUUCGCAUGCGCUCAUCUGGUGACGCAGAGUCUGAUGAUGGACUGUGCCUGUCACAACAGAUCGUUCUUCAUCCCACUGGUGGUCGCGCGAACAUCCAAGGGUCUUCGCGCAAGCAAGACGGAAAGAUCACCAUCAACCUCGUCAAGGUCGCGACGAGCGACGUCGAUGCGACCCUCCUUCCUUCCUGUCUCCCCUUGACCGAAGUCCCCGUGCGUGAGGUCGUUCUCCGAUGGACAACAUGCCGUUCCACGAUGGAUCUCGCCAUGUCGCACAUCAACUUUGGUCAACUCGAACGCUCGGCAUCAAAGACCAAGAAGGUGAUCAUCGCCAACAACUCUGCACAACCUCUGCUGUACGCCGUUCGCAAAUCGGGAUCGAUUGCGUCCGGGGAUCUGCGAGUCAGUGAAGGACGACAUGGUGUGAUUGCCGGGUACGGCAAGCGGGACGUCUCGAUCGUGUUUGAGCCGCAUUUCGCUGGCGCUUUCGAGGAAACGAUCCACGUCGACAACGUCGAGGACGAGACGGACAGUCAAACCAUCCGCGUCAAGGCCUUCAUUCUCCGCCCUCCGACGUUCGCCGUUUCGACGACGACGUUGGACUUUGGUGAAUGCGCCUUGCAUUCGAUCUCGGAUCCUCUCAAGAUCUCCAUCACCAACGUCAGCAAGAACCAAAGGACCUUCACCGUCUCGUUGGACUCGAACGAUUUUUACUUUUGCAAAGCCGCGCUAGAUGUCGUUCUCGACCCCUCGCAGACGACUUCGAAAGUAAGGGGGCCGCUGACGGUCGAAGAGGAGGAAGAGGUCGAAGGGGUGUUGCAGAAGCUGAAGAUCAGUCGAAGGAAGGGGCAACCGGAGAAGGAGCAAAAGUACAUUGAGCGAUUGAAGCUGCUCGGUGUGGGGAUCCCACCGAACGAAGCUGGUGCGACCACGGCGCCAACGACGACAUCGACUGGGCCCUCUACCGCCACCACACCUUGUGAAGAAGUGACCGAGGGAGCUCUCGUUCCUAUGGCGUCUGUCAUUGGCGCACCCGACGAGACCCGAACCCAGCCUUCAGUCACUGCAACAGCUUUGGACUCGGCUAUCGUUGCCGUCGCCACCACUCCCGCAACGAACAGCAAAAUUACCGAAGUACCCGCCUCUUCCUUUGGCAAGAACAAAAAGGUCCUCUCCGAAUCCCACUCGUCUUCUUCAUCCGUUUCCUUCACGCUCGAACCUUCGUCGCAGAGGGAGCUCGCGAUCGUCAUCAUACCCCGACCGGUCCUACCAACGCUCGAAGACGGUCAGCAGUUUGAAGAGAUCUCGGCGCCGAUCAGGGUGGCCGAGAAUGCCGAUUCCAGUACGAUCGUACACCUCCUCGCCAAAAUCAUGCUUUGA